AUGGAUGAUGUCACCGAGCGUUCACCACGACGUGUUAUUACCGUCUACAAUCCUUACGGUUAUUCGAUUCAGUACAAAGUGCUUUGCAAUGCUCCCGGAAACUAUUCUGUAUCUAAUCCCAAAGGAAUACUUGACGCGAACUGCUGCAAAGACUUAGUUGUUAAAUGCACUACAAGACUUAGCGUAGGCACGACUGACUGUCUCCGGGUGGAAAUCAGGAGGGACGGUGAAACAGAGGUUUUGGGAUUCCGGGAUUUACUACUGCGGACAGUCAAUGUGUGCAGCCCGGCUCCAUCAGACCCAAUGAGCACGACGAGCGGACGUGAACCGAGAGGAGAUUUUGGAUCUUCACAUCGCGCAUCUUCCCGGACACGUAACGACAACGCGGCCUCCUCCCAACUCGCUUGCCUUGGAGUAGCCGUCAUCUGUGCAGUUGCCUUGAUGGCUCCAACUCAAGGAGAUCCAGCUGCUGCUGACUCACUUCUACCACAUCACUUUCAUCUCACUGUGCCACAAAAGCUUGUUGCUGCGUAUAUUCUAGGACUGCCAUCCACACCUCAUAUUUACCAUUAAGGUUGAAGAACUUACUCAUAUCAUAUAUGGUUGGUAAACAAAUUUUCUAGUCCUUGAAAAAUUUCAUCUUAUGGGCUGUCAGCCACCAUUAUGAGGUUGAGUAUCUUUCAUACAUCUAGGACUGCCCUGUAUGAUUUGUACACAUCGUUGAUGUAUAGAUGAUUUGUAUAUUCACAUUAUUCAGGUUUGUAUCAAUAGGAUUUACAUCUGGGUGUUAGCUACCACCAUUGCGGGUUUUGCCUUUGUUUAUUAAAGUUGAU